UGUGCUGUUACUCCCGACUCCGACGAUUCGAUUGACUCUGUGGUUUGUCAUCCUGCCAAUUUGGCUGCUUCCAUACAGCAUGAUGAACACGAAAAGCACAUUAUUGCAUACCCCAGUGAGUCUGCUACCUCCGGAGUCUCGGCAGUCCCAACAGAAGCAUCGACCUUCAUAGGAAGCGGAGAACCCUCCUGGCUAGAAGCGGCCAGAGGCCAAAGUGAACUGUCAAUGGCGAUGACAAUGGCGGAAGCUAUUGAGGAUGAGCACGAACAUGGCUGGGAAAGGAAAGAGAUGCUGACUGAUUUGGCCAACCAUGAAACGAGAGGUUCUUUUGGUGAGUUUAUUACGUCUUCGACAUCCUCCAAUAUCGAUGGGGCAGUGGUAGAAGCUGAUUUUAAGGAAAGGCAGUAUCCUGAGACCGACCAGGUCUCUGGUAGAUGUCCAGAUUAUAGCAGUGAAGAAGCACACUUUUUACAGCAAUCCGACGGCGAGGCCAAUCAACCAUUGAAAUUAGAAACAGAUUCGCCGCAUAUGAGCUUCAAAUUGCCGUUGGCUGAGGAAGCUCAGUUCCGUUCAGCGGGAAAUGAUCUUGACGAACUUGACUCUCAUUUGACUCCACCAGAUAGCACCACACUAGGUUACGACGAAUCAAACCUUCCAGAAGCUAAGCUUGAAUCCAGCAUCCCCGAUGAAAGUACUUACUUUCCUAAUAGUCUUGGAGUGAGUACCGCCAUUGAAGCUCACGCAGAAUCAGGGACACAACCUUUGGAGGCCGAAAUGAGGGCAACAGAAGGUGGCGAGUUGGAGGAGAUUCGUGUCGCAGAAUGCAAUCAGAUGAUGCCUGAAGCUAUCUGUGAUGAGGCAAAACUGGAUACAAAUUAUCCUGCUGGUUUGGAUUUAGUGGGAUACAGGGAAGAACAACCUGUGAUCAUGCGGACCGAGGAUCCUACUGCGCUCGGAUUAGUCGGAAGUGUGCUUGAUGAUACAACCACUGAUUCUGGUUCUGUUAAAUCAACAUCCUGGCAACAAGAAAAUCAAAUUACACCACCCUUCUCCCAUUUACACUAUGAUCUACCGGAGACAGAAGUGGUUUCUAGUUUAUCGGUUGACCAGGCCGACUUACUCUAUGAUGAGAAUCAGAAAGCGGGUGAUAAUCCCUUGGUCAAUGAGCCUGAGUAUUGGAAGCCUGCAGAUGCGAUGGGCUAUGCAAGUCAGAAAGCCUCUCUUAUAGGUUUUCCUGAGUCUGACUACUGUCAACAGGUCGUGAGUCGACCGGCAGACUCUGACUCUUUUCACCACACCAAGGCUGGAAUAGAUGAAGCUUCCUUGGCUGGCGAGCCUCGUCGAUGUGAUACACUUCUGGAUUCCAGUGUGGGAGCAUGCGAGCUUGAAGAGGAUGACCGAUCCGUUGAAGAAGCCUUAACUUGUAUAGCCGACAGCUCUUCACCCAGUCUAGGUCACUUUGAUGCUGAUGUUGCUUGUACCGAGCAGGAGCAUGACUACUGUCCUAUACAAAAUUCCCAGCACUACCAUUCUCAUGAAGAGAGGGGUGAUACGGUAGAGCUUAUUGCUUGUGGAGAAAUAAGGCAUCAGUUCGAAGCUGACUUGGAUCAAGAGAAUGAAUAUUCUGCCUCUGCUGGGCUGUCGACUUGUGGUCAUCUUUCCAACCCCAGAGGGGAUGUAGAGGUUUGUGAUGAAAAUGAUGUGACCACUGACUACACUCUAAAUGCUGGGCACGAUGCAGAGUUUUCAGGAAACUUAGUGGCCUCUACUGACCAACUGCUUGACCAACCACAUGACUUGAAAGAAUUGCAUGAUAAUAACACUUUGGCUUGCAGAACAAGUGGAUACAACAAUUUCAAACAUGAGGAUUCGAAUCCAAUAGAACCAAAUGAUGAGGAAGAAGAACAGCCUCUAGCAAGUAUUGUUGUUGCUGAUUUUCCAAAAUAUACUACACCAGUGACGUCAGAAGGUUCAGAUUUCCUCAGCUCAAUCCCAACAGAAUCGGGCAAAAGUCCUGUUCAUACGCUAGAAUCAGAGUGCGUUGGGCCACCGAGGAGUGAUUCGCCUGUUAAUUUGUGCUUAGUAGGCGAUUCGGAGAGCGAUGUAAUUCUACAGCCUACGAAAAAUCACAAUGAUAUGGGCAAUAUCGAUACCAUUCAUGACGUCACAGAUUGGCCUGUUGGACUGAAGCCGGCUCCUAAUGGGGUGCAUACCAAUGGUACCCAUGAAAUGUCUCACGAAUAUUUCGGGUACGAAAAUGAUACUUCAAAUUCGUCUGUAGUGUCUCAGAACGACUUAGAAGAAGAUGCAUCGGCUGGCCAUAAAUCGGAAUGGCUCAAUAAUCAAGGCUGCCAUCCUGUAACCAUAGUUCACCCUCCAAUUACUUUCAGCCAUUUCAAGCCAAAUGUUUCUCUAUAUACUCCUCCAGCUAUAGAAGGUUUGCAUGACUCUUCAAGUGCUCCUCCUCAUUCUGACCUGCAGCGGUGUCAUCAAACAACUCUUGAUGGGGUUUACCAUCAGUACCUGUCUAACGCUUCUACGGGACCCACUAAUUAUGUUGCCCAGAGUGGUGUUGACGGACUCGCGGAAUGCUCAAGUGACGUAGACGAGGUUAGUUGUGAUCAGCAGAAUUCAUUGGUGAGACGAGUUGAGGAGACUGACUGUCUGGAAGCCGAGGAUACUCAAAUGCAUCGAAUGUUGGACAAAUACUUCCCUGAGGUCACUGAGCAAAACGGAGACUCGAGGCAGCGGUUUGUAGAUAUUGAAUUUACAGGCACCAAGGAAGGUCAGACUGAUGAGCCUCAAGUCGAGACGGAUUUGAGUACUGAGUCAUCAGCAUACGUGGCUACAAGGACUUCUAAUGGUGUUUGUCAUUCAGACGGAAUAGACAGAAUAGACAAAGACAGCUUGUCAGGAUGA